CAUGGAAGAAAAGAAGUGUUCUCAUGUGCAGGGAUACGUGAUUGUGUGCGUUUUUUCACUGACAGAGGCCACGACGAUGUUCUAGUCUUUAUUCCGCAAUUCAGGAGGAUUAACGGACGUCGAAUUGUGUGCCAUGACGAUCUUUACAUACUGAAAACGGCAGAGGAAAAGGACGCAGUGGUAGUUUCAAACGACGGUUACAGGUACCUAACACGCCCAUUCCAUAGGGAUUUGCUACGAGAGCACCCACAAUAUCGGCGAAUUAUUGAGCAACGACUGCUGAUGUAUAGCUUCGUCGACGGCAAGUUCAUGCCUCCUGAAGAUCCACUUGGACGGUAUGGACCACGUCUCCAGCAAUUCCUUUCAAUGACAUCUGCUCCAUCUACGGCUAUGCUGUGUCCUUACGCUCGAAAAUGUACUUAUGGGAGCAAAUGCAAAUAUUUCCAUCCAGAACGUCCGAAUGGGAUCCAUGUGAGUGUGACGGAUCGUCUGAUGCGAGAGAAGAAUCAGAAGAGGAUGUUGGGAUUGCGCUCCUCUAUGCAAUUGGAAGCUGCUAAAAUGGAUCACAAGAGUGUUGGACGAACUCGUUCGCUCAACUUUGAUCCUCGAACAUCAGCCCUUCACGACGGUGGCUCCUCUAUGCAAUUAGAAGCUGCUAAAAUGGAUCACAAGAGCGUUGGACGAACUCGUUCGCUCAAUUUUGAUCCACGAACAUCAGCCCUUCACGACGGUGGUCAGUCGGCGGUGAGCUUACUUGGGUCCUUUUGUUUAAGGCUCAAUUCAAAGCCAUCGUUGAAGGCACGAGAUUUCUGCUAUAUGGGUCCAACUUCUUGGCACAACGCUGUGAGCCGCAUCUCUUCUGCACCGCUGUCCUAUACGAAAAACGAAGCUGAGAGUGGAUCUCUUUACGCACCAUCGACAGCCGUUUGGGGACACAGUGAAUUAAGCGUUGGGCCUCUAACACAAGACACUCCUCCUGACCGCACAGAACUACAGUACCAUCUCAGUAAAAUCUUCCCAGAAUCGCUGGUCACCUCGGUCUUGCAGGCGAAUCCCUACGAAACCAACUCACAGGUGCUCUGCCAGCGAAUACUCGACCUACAAAGAGAGUUUAGUUAAAC